UGGGUGCAACAACAGGAUAUUUUGUCACCAUGGUCACUGGCAGCAAAUCAAAACGUCUUGUUUUAUGCAUGUGGCGCGCAGGAGGGCCAAGUGAAAGGGAAGCCCUCUCGUUGGGUCUUACGUUUGGUGCCAUGUGCGGUGGAGCCAAAGAAGAAACCGCUCAACUUUGAGAAUCACAACCCCAAGAUGGGAUCCACCGCUUCUCCUGUGAUGGAUGACCACAACGGCUCCACUUGCGAUACCCUGUACGCCCACAGGAGCUACGCGCGUGUUUUCAUGCCACUCGUCUACUGUGUGGUCUUCCUGGUGGGCCUGCUAGGCAACGCCUUAGCACUGCACGUCAUCCGCUCCAACUUGAAAAAGAUGAACUCCACCACCUUGUAUUCGCUCAACCUGGUGAUUUCGGACAUCCUCUUCACGCUGUCCCUUCCUGUGAGGAUCACAUAUUACGCACUGGGCUUCCACUGGCCCAUGAGUGAGGCUCUGUGCAAAAUCUCAGGCCUCAUCUUCUACAUAAACACCUAUGCGGGUGUCAACUUCAUGACCUGCCUGAGCGUUGACCGCUUCAUCGCCGUCGUUCUGCCCCUGCGCUUUUCCCGGCUGCGCAAUGUUCGCAACGUGCGCUACAUCUGUGUCGCCGUGUGGCUGUUGGUCCUGGCCCAGACCCUCCCGCUUCUCGGCAUGCCAAUGACCAACGACGAACCGGACGGCUUCAUCACCUGUAUGGAAUACCCGAAUUUUGAGAAGGUAGACCACAUUGCCACCAUCCUAAUCGGCGGCGUCUUCCUCGGUUACGUCAUCCCCGUAAUCACCAUCCUGAUGUGCUAUUCCAUCCUUUGCUCCAAACUCCACUCCACGGCGAAGGCCAACCACUUGACCGAAAAGUCAGGGCGCAGCCGUAAGGCCAUUGGUGUCAUCUGUUGCGUGUCCCUGGUCUUCGUAGUCUGCUACAGUCCCUAUCACAUCAACAUCCUGCAGUACAUGGUCCGAAAACUCGUGUCCAGCCCGGACUGCGCCGACCUCACCGCUUUUCAGGUGUCGCUGCACAUCACGGUGUGUCUGAUGAACCUCAACGCCUGCUUGGACCCCUUUGUUUACUUCUUCGCCUGCAAAGGUUACAAGAGGAAACUCCUGAAGCUGCUGAAGCUGGAUGUCAGCAUAUCUAUCUCUAGCGUUGCCAGAACUUCACCCGAAAUCUCUUCCAAGGACAUUAUUGAAGGCAACAAGAUCCCGCUCAGCGGUUCCGCUUUGGGCUCAACCAACGAGCGUCUGAUGGAGAGGAGAUCGCAGCUGUACGUGUAAACAAGAAUAACGGCGGGAUCCAAGCAAAGACUUUUCAGGCCAUAGUCGUCCGAUAGAGUGUUUUUAAGGUGUCAUCAUGGGCAACAGAUGUUUUCUGAACAGCUUAGAACUUUGAUGGUUUACCUCUCAAGAACAUCCCUGUGAAAACAUUGUGCAAUGACAGCAACGAGUAAACAUUGUACGAGCAUCGACCAACUUCAGGCUGUGAACUCUUUGCCUGUAUUACUUAAUUUUUGAAUUUUUAGCUGCAACUUCCAGAAGUAUGAACAUUUAAAACUGUAAUUAGCAAUUUUUACGUAAUAUGAUCCUAUUCACCGUCACACAGUAUUAGCUGUCCAUGUCGUACAUUCCAUAGCAACAGACUGGAGAAAAAUGGUGAAGAAGAGAUCAGAUGCAUUACAGACGUAAAAAUCGGAGGAUUGACAAUCUUGGUGAUGGUGAUAUGUUUUCAUUGACAAAGCGGACCGGGGAAAACCUUUGGACAUAUUUCACGCUCUAUAUAUGACUAGAUGGAAUAUGAAGCCAAGAUAUUAUCUAAUAUUGAAGAUUUAAAGAGAAAGUUGCUUGGGGGGGGGGGUGACACGACAAAUGUUUUGAGUAUGCGGGAUUACUAUCAGCUUUCGAUAGUUUCGAAGUGAAUUUAGUGAGAUGUUGCUUUCUAAUUGAGUGGAUGUGGUUAUCAUGACAUAAUUUUACUGUAGGUGUUAGCACGCAGCUAGAGCCAAAACACUCUCUUCAUGUAUAUUUGCUAUUGUGAAUUGAAAAAAGCCUGUUCAACAACUUUGGAAAUAAAGUUAUGACAAUCCUG